AUGAGCCUCAAGGUUGCGCAGAAGCGGUUGACCCGCGAAUACCAAACGAUUGCCGACAAGCUGCCCCCCUCGAUCACAGCGCAUCCCAGCGACAAGAACAUCUUGGAGUGGCACUACAUCAUCGGCGGCCCCAAGGACACGCCCUACGCCGAUGGCCAGUACUGGGGUGUCCUCACCUUCCCGGACAACUACCCCUUUAGCGGGCCGACCGUCGUCAUGAAGACCCCGUCCGGCCGCUUCGAGCCCUCCAAGCGCAUCUGCAUGUCCAUCUCCGAUUUUCAUCCCAAGGGCUUCAACCCGACCUGGGAGGUCUCGACCAUCCUCAUCGGUCUCCAGUCCUUCAUGGCCGGCAACGAGGCGACGACGGGCGGCGUCUACGCAUCCAACGCGGAGCGCAAGCUCCUCGCGGACCGGUCCCGCUGGUGGAACUCGACAGCCGGGGGCUCCCACCUCGAGAAGACGUCGUCCUCCAAGGCCGGCGACGGCGGCAAGCGGUUCCGCGAGGAGUGGCCCGAGGUCGACAAGGCGAAUUGGGAGUGGAUGGCCAGCAACGACGUGGACACGGCCACGGGGCGGCGCGCGGGCGCGGACAAGAACUCGUGCGCCAAAACCUCCCUCGGUCUCGGGGGCUCGAGCGGGCACAAUGUCGUGGAUGCAGUGGUGCAGCAGAGGGACGCGGGCCGCGGGUGGAUGUCGCGGCACAAGUACCUCAUUGCCGGCGCCCUCUUGUUCACCUAUGUACUCAUUGCGCGCCUGAUCAACGGCGACUCUCUGGCGUAG